UACGCGUCGAGCAGCUUCCACAAGUGCUUUCGCACGGACGCGCAGAUUUUCCAGUUUCUGGAUACGCUGGCGAGCCAAAACAGCCAGAUUGUGACCAAAUUCCAAAUCUCCACGCGAAAGAUCUGGGCGUACAAGAUCUCGACGGGCUCGCGCGCCAAGGCGCUGUACACGCAGAGUCUGCUGCACGCGCGCGAGUGGGUCGCGGGCUCAUCGACGGUGUUUACGAUCGCAUCCAUUUUGGACGACGUCGCCAACAAGAAGCCGUCGCCGGCCGACAAUUACGACCUUGUGUUUGUGCCCAUCGUCAACAUUGACGGGUACCGCAUCACGUGGAGCUCCAAGCGGCUUCAGCGCAAGAACGCCAACGAGGUCGACCUCAACCGCAACUGGUACACGCCGAUCCGCAACCCGAGCCCGCCGCGGCCGUCGGACGAGACGUACCCGGGCCCAGCGUACUUUAGCGAGAAGGAGACGCAAGGCAUCCGCGACUACAUCACCGCGCGCAACGCGACGUUGGCGGGGUACCUCGACGUGCACGCGUUCGCAGGCGAAGUGCAGUUGCCGUACGGCGACACGAAAGCGGCUCUCGGCAACGGCCUCGACGCCAAGUACCAAACGCUCGGCGACGCGCUCUCGACAGCGAUGGGCUCUUCGUACCGAACGACGUUCGAGUGGGAAAUGUACCUCUCGUACGGCUGCUUUGAGGACUGGGGCCAGCGCUACCUCAACAAGCCGACGCUCACAAUCGAGAUGGCCGGCAAUGACUUUGUCGCGCCGGCGUCGUCCAUCGUGAGCUCCGGAAAGGAGCUCUACCGUGGCUACUAUGCGUUCGCCAAGGGUGUCUCCAAGUUUUAG